ACAGUUGGUGUAGUGAGGAAGUGCUUUCGCUUUGUGAGUGCACAGUGGCAGCGUGUCUUUAUGAUCAUUUUAAGGAUGCUACCGGCAAUAAAUGUGUAAAAUAGUGCAUUAGAACACUUAUCGUGUUUUUAUAUUCAGAUUUCCACGAUUGAUUUUCACUUUUACCCACGCAUUUAUUGGACCAGGACAAAGGAGCAGAGUACUGCUCCGCAAGGGUGACCCUUGAACCUCUAACCAUUGAGCAUGAUGGACCGCAGGAAAGCCUUGACCAUCUCACUGGAGGUGGACAAGGGUGACGAUUCCAUGAUGGGAAAUCCAUUCAAAAUCCACAAAACACUCCUUUCCACACCGCCAGGGUGUAGGAAGGUAGAGGCACAGAUCCACUGGAGCCGGUUAGGAGGGCACAGGUCCAGCCUCCAGGAUCCACAGCAGGAGAAGGGAGCAGUGUUAGGGGAUCACAGCCAGGGGGCGCUGCCACAGUGCCACAUGCUCACGCAGCCCAGACUGGUCCUCACCGACGUCCUGACCACGGAUGUCGGGCGCACCUACCUGCACAAGAACAGGCACGGCCAGGGUCCCAAGGAGACAGGGAGGGGGCGGGGGGCUGGAGGGAGGAGGGCUCGAGGGAGGCCAUCUCAGUACAGCAGAGAGACAUGGAGAGGAGGAGGAGGAGGAGAGGAGGAACCGGGAGAGGAUUGGAGGACAUGCGGCGUGACGGAGGAGGGAUACAGAGACGGAGGUGAACCUCCAGGCAGCACCAGACCGCCCGGCUCGCUGGACCCCGCUGCCCCGGGGCGCUGCGCCCAGAACGGGCUGAAGAGGAGGGCCUCGCUCCCCGCUGCAGACCCCCCCAUCGGGCCCCAUCAGGAGAGGAGGAGGUCUUUCCAUCAAAGGGCGUCGGAGGAGGAAGAGGAGGUGGUGAAGAUGGUGAUCGUUGGAGAAGAGGGAGUCAAUGGAGAGGAGCAGAGAUGCAGUCACACAAGAGACCGUGACGUGUCAGAGAGCUGUCGUUCUGGCCGGGGGAGGAGUCAGGGUGGGCCUCUCAGGGUGCCGGAACUGUGUCCCCCACAAUUAAUCAAGGCCUGGGACACCGAUUCAGGAAGUGAUGCUGAAGGCAAUGAGAGCCACGAGCUGCGCUGCAACGGCAGGCUGCAGGUGGGAGGGCGCGGGCUGGCCGGCCCGUGGAGCUCCAGGAGGAGCGUGCUGCGUCUGUCUGGGGAGGCCCGGAGGCCCGAGGCUGGGCCUGGGGCUGGGGCUGGGCCCACGGAGGGGCCCACGGAGGGGCCCGCCAAGCGCCUCCGCCCGGACGGGCAGGAUCCCUCCGACCACCCUGGGAUAAUGAUGCUGACCACGGGGAUGGAGGAAGGUGCUGGGGCGAGCCCGGGGCCUGGGGUCAGAGUGGGGGUGGGAGUCAGGGGGAGGAGAGGGACCCUCGGACAGAACCCCAGCCUAGACAGGACCUCCACACCCAGCACUGCGGAGCCCAUUGUCCUGUCUAGUGAUGACGAGGAGCCCUCAGGGGGGGCCCAGACGCCCCAGUCUUCCUGCAGUUCCGUCCUCCAGCCACUGGGGGAGCUGGAGCCCCAGGGCAAGCGCCCAAACCCUCAGAGGGGCAACAGUCGGAUGCGCAGGACCACUCCAAAGUUGAUUCGUGUGAGGGUUCCAGGGUUCCCAGCCCCCUCAGCUCCAAGGUCAAACAGCUCCAGCAUCCAGGCCCUGCCCUUCACUGACCUCUACUGUGGGGGGCUGUGGGCUCAGGCCAGCGCAAACGCCACGAUCUCAGCCAAGAGAAUCACCAUCCCUCUGAAAGUGGCAGAUCAUGAGCUCGCCCUGGGAGCAAGGAUGGACGGGCGUGGCCAGGUCCAGGUGGUCCUGCAGCACCCAGGGCUGUGGAGGUACAGCGUGUGGGAGCAGGAGGACCUGAGGGCCCGGGGUCUGGCCUGGGAGGGGCCCCCUGGGGCAUGCUCCCCACCCCCCACCCUCCUCCUCCUCUACCUCUCCAAUGCCCAGGCCCUCUGCGUCCAGAAGCAGCUCCGAAAGCUCUCCGUCAAGCCUGGUCCUGCCUCCACGGCCGAGCAGCCCAGUCCCUUCCUGCUGCUCAGUCUGUGCUCCUCACUGAGCGGAGUGGAGGGCGCCCUGUGUCGCUCUGUCCUGGAUAUCCUCUGCCUGGGCACGUGGCCCUACCAGGCCUCCUGCAGCUCACCCCACGGCCACGCCCAGAGCCCCGGCCUGUCUCUGGAGGAGAGCCUGGAGCUCAUUACCACCAGCGAGACGGACGACCAGCUGCUGCUCCUGCUGUGCCGCACGGACCGGUCCGAGCCAGAGAACCAGGACCUGGUCCUGGACACUGUCCAGGUCGGGGAUGAGGAACCAGGAGAUGAGGCGCCGAGGUUAGACGGAGAGAAGGAGACGGAAUCACACACACAGCUGGAGAUGGAUUUAGAGACCCACAGCCAGGCUAGCACCCAGGCUAGCACCCCGGCUAGCACCCAGGCUAGCACCCCGGCUAGCACCCCGGCUAGCACCCAGGCUAGCACCCCGGCUAGCACGCCGGCUAGCACCCAGGCUAGCACCCAGGCUAGCACCCAGGCUAGCACCCCGGCUAGCACCCAGGCUAGCACCCAGGCUAGCACCCAGGCUAGCACCCAGGCUAGCACCCAGGCUAAUGCCCAGACUGAGCCACAAACAGAACUACUGACAGAGUCGCAUGCCGAGUCACAGAUGGAAAGACUGAACCCAGAGGGGGACAGGGUAGAAGCUGAAGCUGCUAUAAAGGAGGGUGUGUCCCUGCCCAGACCCGUGUACACGCUGUGCCACCGCAGAACAGGAGAUUCCUACUCUGUCUCCCUCUGCCGCAAACCAGACGACAGCUGGAGCCGCUACAGACACCGUGGGCCGGCACGCAGUCUGAUUCAGUUCCCCCCUCCUCCGACAAAGGGGGGGAUCACCGUGGCGAUGGAAGACCUAGAGUGUCUCAACUACGGCCAGUUUCUGAAUGACGUCAUCAUCGACUUCUACCUCAAGUAUCUGGUCUUAGACAGGGCUCCGAGCGACGUGGCCGAGCGUUCUCACGUCUUCAGCAGCUUCUUCUACAAGCAGCUGACACGCAGGGACAACGCCAGCGAAGACGGCUCCAGCGCCACUGCACGACAGAAGAGGCACCAGCGAGUGAAAAACUGGACUCGACACGUUGACAUCUUCAAAAAGGACUUCCUGUUUGUGCCUGUCAAUCAGGAAGCUCACUGGUACCUGGUGGUCAUCUGCUUCCCCGGUCUCGAAGAGCCCCAGUCCGAGGCAUGGGCUUGCCCAGCCUCGCACAGGGGACCCAGGGAGGAGAACUCAGGCGAGCCCCAGGCUGACCAGGAGGCCUCCGUACCCAAGAAGGACGUCAGCGAGGCACCAGCCCCAGUUACAGGCGCCAGCAGCAGCCAGGAUAGGCAGAUGGGUGUUUUGGAGAGCAGCCAGACUGAAUCCAAUGUGCAGUCUCCACCUAGUCCUCUGGACUGCACACAACAGACCUGCCACAGAGAAACCGUUUGCAAGAGACCCUGUAUUCUCAUCAUGGACUCCCUCAGGUUCUCUCUCCACGAACGCGUCUACAAACUGUUACGGGAGUACCUGCAGUCUGAGUGGGAGGUCCGCAGGGGCAGGGAGAGAGACUUCAGCUCUGAGCAGAUGAGAGGCUCUCACUGUCGCGUCCCCCUGCAGGACAACAGCAGCGACUGCGGCCUCUAUCUGCUGCAGUUCGUCGAGAGCUUUCUCCAGGAUCCCGUGGUGCACUUUGACCUUCCCCUGCGCCUGGAGCUCUGGUUCCCACGGCAACAGGUGCGCAGGAAACGAGACGAGAUCCGAGAUCUGGUGCUUCGCCUAUACAGACUCCAGAGGGACAAUGGAACUCUGGGAAUUGUAGGCAGCUAGGAAACUGUAGUCACUAAGCAUCGGGCGUUUUCUUAUAAAUUUGGCUCAUACUGAGCAAUGGACAUUUCAGAAUGUGAUCUGAAGUUUUUUUUACUAGUAUUUCGAUAUGCUUGUAUAGUUGUACUUCCAACUUGACUAAUAAGAUUGGAUUUAGACAUAUGUCUGAUGUCAGUCGUACCCUGUGUGAGUAAUUUACGGUUGGCUUGUUCACCCGUCAUAAAUAAAAUGUAGGAAAUAAGACAUAAGAAGCACGCAUGAAGAACUACGGGACAGUAUUAAAGUUUUUUGUUGUUCAACAAGUUUGUGUGAAGCAAAUGCCUUGCUGAGCGCUGGGUUCCUCAGACAGGUUAAGGUGAGUCUGAACUAAAGGGGUCUUUUCUGAAGCUCAACUCCACGUACAUGUCUUAAACUGGAACCACAUUCAGCCUUGACCAGGGAGACACGAAACAUCCCAGAAGAGACGUCCCACAUUCAUGCAUUUGAUCCAGAACCACAUCUACACCUGGUAUCACGUCAUGCUAAUAUUCCAAGACUUCUUGGUGCCACAUGUAGCCUUUGUACAGAACAGCAUCCAUCCGUGUUCAGGCUGUAUGUUCAGAACAGCAUCCAUCCGUGUUCAGGUUGAAUGUUCAGAACAGCAUCCAUCCGUGUUCAGGCUGAAUGUUCAGAACAGCAGCCAUCCGUGUUCAGGCUGUAUGUUCAGAACAGCAUCCAUCGGUGUUCAGGCUGAAUGUUCAGAACAGCAUCCAUCCGUGUUCAGGCUGUAUGUUCAGAACAGCAUCCAUCCAUGUUCAGGCUGAAUGUUCAGAACAGCAUCCAUCCGUGUUCAGGCUGAAUGUUCAGAACAGCAUCCAUCCGUGUUCAGGCUGUAUGUUCAGAACAGCAUCCAUCCGUGUUCAGGCUGAAUGUUCAGAACAGCAUCCAUCCGUGUUCAGGCUGUAUGUUCAGAACAGCAUCCAUCCAUGUUCAGGCUGAAUGUUCAGAACAGCAUCCAUCCGUGUUCAGGCUGAAUGUUCAGAACAGCAUCCAUCCGUGUUCAGGCUGUAUGUUCAGAACAGCAUCCAUCCGUGUUCAGGCUGAAUGUUCAGAACAGCAUCCAUCCGUGUUCAGGCUGUAUGUUCAGAACAGCAUCCAUCCGUGUUCAGGCUGUAUGCUCAGAACAGCAUCCAUCCGUGUUCAGGCUGUAUGUUCAGAACAGCAUCCAUCCGUGUUCAGGCUGUAUGUUCAGAACAGCAUCCAUCCGUGUUCAGGCUGUAUGUUCAGAACAGCAUCCAUCCUUGUUCAGGCUGUAUGUUCGGAAGUGAUCUUACACAGGGUCUGAUGCUGGUAUUAAAGGGGCAGCAACCCACUUGUACCUCAAUUCUGCUUGUAAUUUUUUACUUUUGGCUAGUAUUUGUAUUUUUUUCCCAGGAAUAUUAAUCUUAUGUAACUUUUUUUUUUUUAUAAAUAUUUUUUCAGUUUGUAGGAUGUUUAUAUUGAAGUAAAAAACCAUGGGGUUGGAAUGUCAUCUAUUAAAAUUGUAUGUGGACAAACA